UAAUGGCGGCACCCAUGCAGACGUUAAACAUUAAUUUGUAAGCUAGUAAAAUGCAACAAAGAUACAGGAUUCCAACAAUACAUAAAUACUUUUGAAACAAAAGAUAGCAGUGCCAUUUUGUUUCUUUAUACGUAAUUUUCCGGGCCCCGAGAUACAGAACGCUUUGUGAUCGCAAUCAAACGUGACGAAGACACGCUUAUCAAACAAGAAGGAAUAACUUUAAAUGUAACAACGGAAACACUACAGACAAUAUGGAGUUUAUUAAACAGGAGAGUGAAGACAUGAGUUGUGCAGAAGCAUGCAGCGUGAAAGAUGAAGUAACAACGGAACAAAGAGAACUGAUGGAACUGAAAGAGGAAAGUGAAGAAAUGAAAGUGGAGGAUAAACAUCAGCAUCAGGUACCUCGUGAAAAAGCGACUAGCUGCUUACAGAUUGAAAAGAAUGUCUUGCAAAAAAAGACUUUCGCCUGCCCUCAGUGUGAAAAGAGUUACAGCAGUAAAGGAAACCUUGAGGUGCACUUGAAAACCCACACCGGAGAAAAGCCUUUCACGUGCCCUCAGUGUGAAAAGAGGUUCAUGUUUAAAGGAAGACUUAAUGCGCACAUAAGGAGUCACACCGGGGAGAAGCCUUUUACGUGCCCUCAGUGUGGGAAGAAUUUCAGCAGCAAAGGAAUUCUUGCUAGGCAUGUGAAAAUUCACGAUGCACGGGACCCCUUUACCUGCCUCCAGUGUGGAAAAAGUUUUGCCGUGAAACAGUACUAUAACCGUCACAUGAAAAUUCACUCCGGAGAGAAGCCUUUCACAUGCCCUAAUUGUGGAAGAGGUUUCACAGAGAAACAAAGCUUUAACCAUCAUAUUAGAAGUCACACUGGAGAGAAGCCUUUCGAGUGCCCUCUGUGUGGAAAAGGUUUCACGCGUAAAGAAAGCUUUGAAUACCACAUGAGAAUUCACACCGGAGAGAAGCCUUUUACGUGCUCCCAGUGUGGGAAGAGUUUCACACGUAAAGAGUCCUUUAAGUUGCAUAUGAGAAUUCACACUGGGGAAAAGCCUUUUACAUGCCCUCAGUGUGGAAAAAGCUUCGCCGAUAAACCAAGCUUUAACUGUCACGUAAGAAUUCACAACGGAGAGAAGCCUUUCACGUGCCCUCAGUGUGGAAACAGCUACCCGUGUAGACGAUACCUGAAAAGGCACAUGAAAGUUCACGCUGCAGUCAAACCUUUCACCUGCCCUCAGUGUGGAAAAGGUUACACAGACAAAGGAGGCCUUACCAAUCACAUCACAAAUAUUCACACUGGAGAGAAGCCUUUCCCAUGCCUUCAAUGUGGAAUGAGCUUUUCACGAAGAACAGCCUUUAAUACACAUAUGAGGAUCCACACAGGAGAGAAGCCGUUUGCGUGCCAGCAGUGUGAAGAGAGUUUCACAAACAGAAGAAGACUUGCUACCCACAUGAGAAUUCACACUGGGGAAAAGCCGUUUACCUGCUUCCAGUGUGGGAAGAGUUUCACGCGCAAAAGGACACUUAAUACGCACAUGAGAAUUCACACCGGAGAGAAGCCGUUCGCGUGCCAGCAGUGCGAGGAGAGUUUCACAAACAAAAGAAGACUUGAUUCCCAUAUGAGAAGUCACACCGGAGAGAAGCCUUACACGUGCUCUCAGUGUGGGAGGGGCUUCACACGACCGAGAAGUCUUAAAAAUCACGUUUGCUCUAACUCUAAAGUGAGGUCGUUUAACUGUGAUCAGUGCUGUAUAAAUUUUACUUCGGCAUCAGCCCUAAAAAUACACCUUGAAGUUCAUACCGAGCAGAAUCGUUCCUCUAGAUCAGCAGAAAAAACUCACGCCUGCUUGGAGUGUGGGAAGGCCUUUUCUAAUACCAGUGACUUGGGGCGGCACCUGAGAAUCCAUACUGGCGAAAGACCUUACAGGUGCUCAUAUUGCGGAAAGGGUUUCACUCUGUCGCAAAGCCUGAAAAUACACGAGAGAGUUCAUAUUGGAGGAAUGCCAUACCACUGCACUUCAUGUAGGAAGGGUUUCAGCCAAUUAUAUACUCUACAGAUUCAUAGAAUAAAGUAUUGCCCAAAGUUAUCGAAGUGAGCAAAUUGCAUGUCAUUUUCAGUGAAAAUAAUGUAAUUGAUUUAAAAAGUCUUGAGGCUUCCCGUAUACCAUAUGCAGCUUUCAGUGAGGCCGUUUACAUGCACGUUCUUAUACGCAAACACAUUAAAAGUCUUUCCUUAACAGUGUAAGGUCAUAAACGUAUUAAGAGUAAACCGACUGACAUGGGUAGAUGUUUGCCCAUUACCCUAAUUUUGCGUUGCAUGUACACACCUUAACCGGCACUCUAGUCGGCUUAUCCAAUGUGUACACACGCACAUGCCUCUUCAAGGUUUGACAUCAACGGCAGGAAAUAUUUCGAUUAUUUCAUAUCUCAUGUAAACAUCCUUUUCUUACAUUUAGUCAUUUAGUAGACGCUUUUAUCCACGACUUACAAAUGAGGAACACAGUAAGCAAUUUGUUGCACUUAAGUCAAAAAUAACUGCGUUUCCACUAUCGACCAAAUGGGGCUUACUAGUGUGUGCCAGGGCCAGUUGCAUUCCCACUAUCACUUGAAGGGCUUCAUCUUGCCUCCUCUGGGCUUCUUCUGGGCCAAUGGCCAAGCACAGUUGGCCCUCCGAUUACCCUUGGGCCAAAGAAGGGUAACUGGGGAUUGAGGUGGGGUCAAUGUCAAAGGCUGAGUUUCGCUGAGUCAGGUCAGAGGUUUCAGCACAAAGACAUCAUUUCCCAAUUUUUCAUAUCUAGCUGCCAGCUUACCUCAACAGAUCAAUUGAGAAUGGAGAAUCAUCAGUACUGGUCAGUCGAGGAAAUCAGGGCUGAUAAAUAAAUGCAACUUCAGAUCAACGUUUUCUGCUGGAUGAAGACAUGAUUAAGUAUAUUAUUGCCAAACAAAGUUGUGUAUCCAUCACACAACGGUACAGGUUUGGGAAUUAAAAUGUUAAAAAAUGAGUCAUCGUCUUACUUGUGAAAUUGACGGGGUGUGAUGUUGGCACCAUAAAUGACACGUUUUAUGGCUAUUUUAUGGUUUUAAGGCUAUUGGCCUGAGGGUGGGAAUGCAGAUAGAGGCCCGAGGCUAUUGGCCCCGGAUGACCAGUUGAUAGUCCUGGCUCACACUUGCCCAAUGGUGGAAAAGUGGGUAAUAUCUGCAGUAUCGCAAGUUCUUAAAUUGGCUGGUGUGGUAUAGAAGCUAGUGUAGAAGAACAUUUUUAUUGUAGUUGGAGUAUUGGAGUUAUUAGUGUAUUUCUGUGCAUGUAAAUGGGCUUGGUGAUUUUGUAUUUUUUUUUUUUACAUUUUAUCCCCAUUUCUCCCAGUUUGUAAUGCCCAAUUCCCACUACUUAGUAGAUCCUCAUGGUGGCACAGUUUCUCACCUCAAUCCGGGUGGCGGAGGACAAGUCUCAGUUACCUCCGCUUCUGAAACAGUCAAUCCGUGCAUUUUAUUACGUGGCUCUCUGUGCAUGACACCACGGAGACUCCACAUGUUGAGGCUCAUGCUAUUCUCCAAGAUCUGCGCUCAACUUACCACAUGCCCCAUUGAGAGCAAGAACCACUAAUCACGACCACGAGGAGGUUAUCCCAGGUGACUCUACCCUCCCUACCAACCGGGCUAAUUUGGUUGCUUAGGAGACCUGUCUGGAUUAACUCUGCAUGCCCUAGAUACAAACUCACGACUCCAGGGAUGGUAGUCAGCGUCAAUACUCACGGAGCUAACCAGGCCCAAAUGGGCUUGGUGAAUAAAGCCGACUUGGUGACAGAAUCAUUAUGGAUUACAAUCGUAGUUUGUAACAAUGUACUGCUGUGAGUGUAAUUGCUGAUGAAAAUGUUCAGUUCAGCAUGACAUCUUGUCAGUUCUUCAGUAAAAGAAGCUCAUUGGUGACUUGACAAGACCGCAAGAGCCUGGCCCAGCCACAGAACGAUUCUUUCUAACAAGUUUGAUCUGCUUUUCUAGUUGCCAGAGCCAGUAGAGAGUCCUGUUGGUCAAGGGGUUAACAACCUCCCACUGGCAGACGCUAAUCCUAGUUUGUGUGACACUGGCUUAAGCCCAAAGUAUACUUCAGUUAGACGUGAACGCUAGGGCGUCUGCAUACAGGAGGCGUAAUGCAAAUGUCGUCAUCGGCAGUGUGCUCGAGCACUGAACGCAUGCAGGCUGAUUUUUCUGACAUUGCGUUCUCUAAAUGUGCAGUUUGUGUAUGGGCUUGGAAUUAUUUGCACUAAUUAGUGGGUCCACAAAGUGGCAACACUCAGAGUUAAAUUGUUGCUUUCACAAAGAAGCGCUUGGAAGAUGAUGUAAUCGACGAAGGUGAACUUGAAGAGUGUGUGUGUGAGGAGGUCAGGAGAUAUCUGCAUUUGUAUAACUCGAGUCUGAAGGAAUAUAAAGACUUUAUGGGUCUUUAUGAGUCCAGUAUCUCAUAGCAGUCAUAUCUUGCAUGUGCCAACCACCUGUGUAUGUUGGCACCAUUCUGAAUAAAUUCUAAAGACUGUUAUGUGUGAAAAUCCCAGUAGAUCAGCAUUUACAGAAAUACUCAUACCAGCCCGUCUGGCACCAACAAUCAUCCAUGUGAUCAUCUAAUCAGCCAAUCUGGUGACAGUAGUGCAUAAAAUCAUGCAGAUACGGGUCAGGAGCAUCAGUUAAUAUUCAUAUAAACCAUCAGAAUGGGGGACAAAAUUUGAUCUCAGUGAUUUGGAAGUGGCCAGAUGGGCUGGUUUGAGUAUUUCUGUAACUGCUGAUGUCCUGGGAUUUUCACACACAACAGUCUCUAGAAUGGUGCCGAAAACAAAUAACAUCCAGUGAGGGGCAGUUCUGUGGACAGAAACACCUUGUUGAAGAGAGAGGUCAGCGGAGAAUGGCCAGACUGGUUUGAGCUGACAAAGUCUGCAGUAACUCAGAUAACCACUCUGUGCAAUUGUGCUGAGAAGAAUAUCAUAUCUGAAUGCUACUCUGAGAUGCAGAUUGAUGCUGUUUUGGCGGCACGAGGGGGACCUACACAAUAUUAGGCAGGUGGUUUAAAUGUUGUGGCUGAUCGGUUUAUGACUUCAUGUGCUAUAUUUAGUAUGUAAAUGUGCAUUUUUAUUUAAUUUCAUAAUUUGUUUCUCUACAUUAUCACAUUUUAGAUUUCUAAAAAUGUAAAAAUUCCACAUUCUAUCAAUUUAAACUGCAUAUUUAAUAAUGAUAUGAGCUGUCACUGUUUGAAAUGUCAUGUCAGCUACACAUUUUUAAGAUUUACAAGGUUGAAACCUAAAAUUGAAAACAGAAUUCCACACUUAACAUUUAAGUGCAACCAUGUUAUUAUGUAAAAACAACAUUAUGUUUAUGGGGCAAGGCUUUGCAGAUGUUUCACUAACCCACUGCACAGACACUUUAGGAGCCUGUUAAAUUCUUCAGUCUUAUUGUAUGUUGAAGUUCAAAUAUAUGUAUGAUUUUAACAUACACAUUUAUCACUCAUUUUGCUACCUUUUGUUUUUUAUAUGCAUAAUAAGUACUAUUUACAAGUACUUACACUGAGGUAACAUUAUUUUGGAUAAGCGCUAAAAUGGUACUGUCUCUUUAAGAAUAACACGUGUCUCACAAGUGUUUUGGUUUAGUGGAUUCUUUACUGCUUCCUUGCAUCCUGUUUACUUUUUGCCCCUGUAGUGACAUUCCAUUGUUUUAUAAUGUUACUUGAUAUUUUAGAUAUUUGAUAAUAUUCAAUCCGCAAUUUUUUUAUUCAAAUUUCGGGAAGUAAAAUAAAAAAAUUAAGGCAUGUUUUUGUGAAACUCCACAUAUUUUUGUAGGACUGCUUUUCUUUUAUGCUUGUGAGUAGUUUGUAGGAGUAGUUUGUUUAUUCUCAUCAGUGUUUUGUCUGUAUAUGAGCAAAAGCACCCAUGAUGAUGUUUCACAGUGCUCACAUGGUUAAUGUGAUGUAUACUCUCUGAUUUACAAAAUAAAUCUUGAUU